UCCCCUUAAUUUUUGGUCUAGAUUUAUUAUUUAUAUUUAUAUUAAUUUAACUAAUUCAGUAACCUGCUUAGGUCUAAUUUAUUUUGUAAUACAUUUUUGUAAUGGCUGACUUUCUUGAUGAAAGUAAUCCUUGUGGGAUCAAUCUUCUCCGUCUUGUUUCCCGUGGUAAUGCCAUUAUUGCUGAACUUCUCCGUCUAUCUGACAUGAUACCGGCUGUUUUUAAACCUGACUUAAAGACGGAGUUCAAUCGUUAUUCUGAUAUAAUCGUCGACUUUACUUAUUUCAAAAAUUUGGAAUCAAUCGAGGCAAAAAUUGACUCAACUCCAGUUCACCGAGACAAAGACGAUGAAAUCCGUGACAACUAUCUUGAUAUUUCGAUUGACUUUUACCUUGCCUUCGAAUCUUUUCAUAAGUACAUUUUUGACCCAGACAAGUAUAUGACUGACCUAGAAAAAGGCUUUUAUUCAACAAAUCAUGUCAACAGUUAUGGUCAAUAUGGAUGGUAAAAAAUAAUGUGAUAAACACUUUAUCUUUGUGGCGUCGUUCUUCUAACUGUAGACCAAAAAAUUGAAGGAUCGGUGCGAGAAAGAAUGUUAGUCUCUUAUUAUCGUUACCUGCACAACGAUUUACAUCUGAUUCAAAUAUUGAUGAUGUCUGUAAUCUUCUGCGUUCAACUGGCUACUCGUCGGUAACAAAUAAAAGACCUGUCAACUAUCCGGAGGAUUUUUUCAAAAGAGUACCCAUUAAUGCUGAAUAUCUUAGCUUAGUGAUUGGUCGAUUAAGGUUUGAUGAUGUUUAUAAUCAACUGUCAUCUUACCCAUACUCUGAAUAUCGAAGCUUCGCCAUGUCUAAUCAAGCUGCAAUGUUAUAUGUUAUCCUCUAUUUUGCGCCAGACUUUUUACACAACCAACAUGCUAAUAUGAGGGAAAUUGUGGACAAAUUUUUCUCUGAUAACUUUGUCAUCAA